AUGAAGUUCUCAGCUCUUAUCACCAGUCUGUGCAGCCUUGCUGCUCUCGCGAGAGCCAACCCAGUCAAAAAACAAGUCUUUAACGUGGCUUUGACUUUCUAUGGAGUUGACGGAUCCUCUUACGGGGAAACAUUUCCAGCAGACACCACAUCAGUCCGCAUCGACAAUCCGACGGUGGUGAAGAGCGUCUGGUCAAACGGAGGAGGCUUUUGUACCAUCAAAGGCGUUGAUGGUAGCUCCGUCGUUAUCGCGGGAGAGGGAAACUACACUGUAAACCCUCCCCAAGCCCAAAGCUGGGGAGCCUGCGACAACCUUCGCUAG